AUGUCACAUUCUCGUCGAGGACGGGAUCAUGGGCGGGGACACGGAGCGGGGCGCUCCGAGCCCGGUCGUGAGGUAGUUGUGUCCAAGGCGUUGAGCUACAUCUUACGACACGCAGCGGAGAGAGAAGGGGUGAAAAUCGACAGUCAUGGCUAUGCGAACGUGGCUGAUGUGGCCUCUCAAACAAACCCCCCGCCAAGCAAAAACGGUGCCGUUCACCAGAUUCCAAACAAAGUAUGA